AUGAGCGGCACGCAAGCGGCUCUUGCGACUGCACAGCGCUUGGCAGCUCGGCUCCAAGAGAACCUCGCCGAGUCGACUCGUGAUCUCGGCAUCUCCGCUCUCGACGGAGCCCUCAAUCCUGGCUCGUCAAAGUACCUCGAGCCGGGUGCGCUGUCGGGCGAGGAAGGCUUCAGGGAGACGAGAAGGUUACUCGAGUCUACGCGGGACAGGGACAGGGAGGAUGGACUGCGACGAGUGCUCGCCAUCAUGUCAAAAGCCCAAGCAGGUCCAUCUGCAGGCGAGUCCUCUCUGGGAGGUGCCACACAUGCGCGGCAUGCCGUCAGCUUCUUCCCUUUCGUCAGCAACUGUCUCUCCUCAUCCUCACUGACAGUGAAAUCGCUCGUUUCGACUUACAUCGUUCGCUAUGCCACCCAAUCGCCCGACCUCGCGCUCAUGGUCGUCAAUACCUAUCAAAAGGAUCUUGCGGAUUCCAAUCCGCUCGUCAGAGCGCUAGCACUGCGCACAUUGUCAGGCAUGAAUCUCGAUUCGACCAUCGGACUCGUCAUCAUGUGUCUGCAACGCUGUUCGCGCGACAACAGCUGGUAUGUCAGGAAAGCGUCUGCAGGCGCAAUCGAAGCGAUCGGGCGUCUCGACCCGUCCCAGCUGCCCCAACUGCUACCCACACUUUCGCUCCUACUAGGCGAUCGAUCUUCGCUCGUCUUGGGUGCAGCAUAUGGCGCUCUCGAACAGCUGUGCCUGAACAGAUGGGAUCUCGUUCACCCACACUACCGCGCGACUUGUCGCCUCUUGGUCGAUGCAGACGAGUGGGGCCAGAUCACGCUCAUGCGCGUCCUGUCGGCGUAUGCUCGAUCUAAUUUCCAAGAUCCUGAUAGGACGAUAAAGGGGAUAGAUGGUAAACAAGCACUCGUCGAUCCCGAUCUUGAUCUGCUGCUCAGAGCAGCCGAGCCCUUGCUACAGAGCUGCAACCCCGCUGUCGUUAUGGCUUGUAAUUCCCUCUUGCGCAACCUCGCACCACGGCACUACAUCGAAAGGACAAUACGGCCUCUGCUCAGGUUGCUCCACACCACGUCUGAGAUACAACACAGCGUUCUGCUAUCACUCAUUGACUGCAUCGAGUCUGACGUUGAGGUCAGAUCGCUCCUUCGGCCCUACCUGCCAGAGUUCUUCAUCAGAUCAUCCGACACACGCGCAACACGUUCACUGAAGCUGCUGGCAUUGACUCUACUGGCCAAUCAGAGUAACGUGCAGAUACUCUAUCGUGAGCUCAAAGUCUACGUCGGCGAUGUCGAUGAGACUUUCUCUGCGCUUGCCAUCGAUGCAAUGGGAAGAUGCGCCCUUGCUCAGCCGCAAGCACGGGAAGAAGCUCUGGCUACCUUGCUUGAUCUCAUCGAUCACUCCAAGGGCGCCGUGGUCGAUCAGUCGGUCACAGUCAUCCAGUUGUUGCUCGCCCAGCAACCGAAAGGUCAGCCAAAGCUGCAGCAUUCGCGCGCGGCCAUCACGACCCGUUUGCUCGGCUUGGUACACCAGGGCAAGCUCGCAUCAGCGCGGUCAAAGAGCAAAAUUUACUGGCUCGUGGGUCAGUAUUCAGGCGAAGGCUUGCUCAGCACGAUUGCGCCCGACGCUCUGCGGAUUGCUGCGUUAGGUUUCGCCACAGAGACGCAGGAGACAAAGAUGCAGAUCGUAUCGAUGGCGGCCAAGAUUGUCGUGCGAGCUCAGAUGGACCACUCUCCACUUGCAACGAAGCUUCUCGCACUGGUGCAAUACGUCAUCGCCUUGUCGCGCUAUGACCUAAGCUACCAAGUCAGAGACCGGGCGCGCUUCAUGCUUGGCCUCUUGACGAGCGCUGGCUUGAUCGACACUACCUCUGCAGCAGAGAAGCAGUCCUCUUUCGCGCAAGGGCUGCUCAUAGAGGACGAGGCAGAGGCAGAGGCAGCCGCAGAUCCCCCACUCUCGAUAGAGCGAGUAUGCGACAUCCUUUUCAAAGAGCACGAUGCUACAGCAGAGCUAUCCUUGGCUCAUGACCGCGAUCUCGGGCCUCUCUCGAGGCUAGCGGGCAAGAGGAUGCCGGACGACAGGCCUUUGCCGCCUUGGACCGAGAUCGCUACGGACCCGCUUUGCCGAGAACCGGCACAGUCUGCAGAGUCAACGGCGAAUGGUGCGAUCAGAAGCAUUGCGGGCUCCUCGGAGCGCUCGCAUGUGUCAAUGAAGAGCCGCACUGCUUCGCCUGUCGUGUUGACGCCGACUGCGCGGAGCGGUGAUAUGACUCCUUCCCGUGGGCCCCGCAACCUUGACAGCUUUCUCGCAAGCGAGGGGGAGGAAGCGUCGUCAGAUGAAGCUACUUCCGAAGAAGGGGAGGAGCAAUCAAGCGAAGCUAGCGAGUCCGAGGAGGAGGAAGGCAGCACGGAUGAAGAAGCCUAG